AUGGAGCCCUUCAAAUUAAUGAAUACUCCGUUUAUAGUAUUCCAAAAGAUUAUAAAACUGAUGGAUAUGAUUGACGUGUUUGAACUUUCCCAUACAUCGAACCGAUUGUUCGCCCGUAUCAAAUAUUCAAGACGCCGAAUCGAACCGAUUUAUCUGUUCAAAAAAGAAAAGCAUCUAAUGAUUCGUGUGAUUGAGAAAAAUGAUGAGAACUCGCAGUUCGCUAUUUAUCUGACAUCGGAGAACGUGGAAAAGGAUGUGCUGAGACAGUUGAGAAUGGGAGAGACAGUCUUUGAUGUUUGGUAG